CCUUCCUACAAAAAGCCAAACCGAAAGUGGAGACUGGCCGAGUCCACUCGCUCGAUCUCUUUCGCUUUUUCCCUUUGUCUCGGCGGCGAGUCUUGCUCCGCCGGUACUCCGAUCUAGGGUUUUAACUCCUGCGGUGACCGGACGUCGAUAUGGCGAGCCCUCGGCCGGCAGCGAUGACGCCGGCGUCUCUCACCAUCGAUGCCCUCAGGACUCCGCUCGGGGACGACGCGAUCUGGAAGAGGCUAAGGGAGGCCGGUCUGGACGAGGAGUCUGUGAAGAAGAGGGAUAAGGCCGCACUGAUAGCUUAUAUCACGAAGCUGGAAACGGAGAUCUAUGACUAUCAACACCACAUGGGACUUCUUAUUUUGGAGAGAAAGGAAUUGCUUUCUAAGCAUGAGCAAAUUAAAGCAUCCUCAGACUCAACCGACAUUAUAUAUAAACGAGAAGAAGCUAAGCGGCUAUCUGCUUUAGCUGAAGCCCGUAAACGGGAAAAAAGUCUUGAAAAGCUUUUGGGAAUCCAGAAAGAGUGUGUUUCAAAUAUUGAGAGGGCUUUGCAUGAGAAUCUAGUGGAAUCUGCUGAAAGAAAGGUUGAAUAUGAACACAAAAUUGCAGAAGCUCAGACAAAGAUGGAAGAAGCAGAACUGAAAUUUGAUGAGGCUGAAAGAAAGCUACUUGCAGCAGAAUCUUUGCAAGCAGAAGCAACCAGAGCACGUAAUUCCACAUUAAGGACAUUAGAUGAUAUUGAAGCUCGGGAAGAUGAUCUCAGGAGGCGCCAUUCUACUUUCAAGUCUGAGUGUGAUGCUAAGGAAAAUGAGAUGAACCUUCAAAGACAAGCCUUAUAUGAGAGCCAAAAAGCUCUGUAUGAACAACAAGAGAGAUUACUGGAUAGUCAGAAAUUAUUAAAUCAGAGGGAGGAAUUCAUCUUUGAAAGGACGAAAGAGUUAAAUUGCCUUGAGAAAGAACUUGAGGAAGCAAAGGCUAAUCAUGAGGAAGAAGCUCGAUCUCUCAAAGUAGAAAAAUCCAAAUUUGAUCUAGAAGUUGCUGCUUUUGCAACUAGAGAAGAGGCCAUUGUUAAACGUGAAACAAUGCUCGAUAAAAAAGAGCGCGAUUUAAUUGUUUUACAGGAAAAGAUUUUGUGCACAGAACAGGAUGAAAUUAAAAGAAUUCAGAUGGAACACGAAGCUCUUUUAGAGAAGAGAAAAAUUGAAUUGGAAAAUGAAAUUGAACAGCGACACCUAAAGUUGAAGAACGAACUUGAGGCUAGACAAUCUGCACUAGAGGCUAAGGGGGCUGAUCUCUCUAUUAGAGAAAUUGCUAUUGGUGAAAAAGAACAUGCUAUUGUUUUGCUGCUUUCUGAGUUUGCUGAGAAGCAAGAGGAUGUGGCUAACAAACUGAGAUUACUUGAGGAGAAAGAAAAAAGUUUAAUUUUUUCACAAAGAGAAGCAGAGGUUGCAAUUCAAAAGCAGCAGAAAGAAAGAGAAAGUAUUCUUGAGUUGAAGCUAGGUCUUGAGAAAACUAAAUCUAGUUUAGAAGACAAAAAGAAAGAGAUUCUUCUUUUGGAAGAAAGGUUAGAAAUCACCUCAAUAGAGAGAAAUAAAUUGCAUGUUCUAGAAUAUGAACUCAAAGGAGAAAUUGACAGUCUCAGAGCCCAGAAACUGGUGCUUCUUAUUGAAACUGAAAGACUGAAGGCUGAAAAGGAGAAAUUUGAAUCUGAUUGGGAGCUUAUGGAAGAGAAAACACAAGACCUAAAAAAAGAAGCAGCAAGGCUUGAGGAAGAGAGUAAAGCAGUUGCCCGCUACCUCAAGAAAGAAAAGGAAAACAUUAAGCUGGAGAAGGACAGCCUUCACAAUAAGUUCAAGAGAGAUAGUGAGCAUUUGUCUAGUGAGAGGGAGGAAUUUAUCCAAGAAAUGGAUCGACAACAUUCAGAUUGGUUUACUAAGGUUCAGCAUGAAAGGGAUGAGCUUGUCAGGGAUAUCAAUUUUCAGAGGAAGGAAUUAGAAAAUAGUAUCAAGAAAAAGAAGGAAGAAAUUGAAGCACACUUGAGAGAAAGGGAAGAGGCAUUUGAACAAGAGAAGACCAAAGAGCUUCAAUAUAUAAGUUCUCAAAAGGAACUUAUUGCAAAGCAGCUGGAACACGUUGCAUUGGAGAUGCAAAAACUUAACACUGAGAGAGCGGAGAUUGCUCAGGAUCGUGAUCAGAGAGAAAAUGACUGGGCUGAAAUGAAGAAGUUUACAGAGGCACUAGACGGUCAAUGUCAAAAGCUGCAAAAACAGAGACAAUUACUUCAUGCUGAUCGAGAAGAAAUUGAUCAAAAAAUUCAACACCUUAAAUAUUUGGAGAAUUUGCAUAUUGAAUCUGAAAAUAGAGCAUUAUCUGAUGUUGUGCAGAUUGAUAAAUGCAAGACUCCUGUCUUAAAGAAACACCAAUCCAAUGAUGCUUCCCUUGGAGAGAUUAUUACUAAUGAUUAUUGUACAAAGAAGUUGGGUUCUCAGAGUACCUUAACUACUUCUAUCUCUCCUGACACUAAAUCAUGGAUCAGGAGAUGCACUGAGGUAAUUUUCAAGUAUUCAUUUGAUAAAGAUUCUGAUACUGAGAAGGUGGAGAAUGAACUGAAAGAGAAAUUUAGGGAUUUUGGAUCAACAGAGGUUGGUCUUCGUCUGAAUAAGAAUGUCAUUGCUGAUAAACAAACUAAUGCUCCAAAAGUAGGCAAUCUUCAGGAUUUAUCUGUUAUUCCCAAGAAGACCAGCUCUAAUGAGCAUGACAAACUAUAUGGAGCAGAGAUUGAGCAAGUGAGAUAUAGUUUGGAUGGACAGAAUCAGAUGCCUGAUGAGAAACCAGUUUUUGAUGCUCAUAGCCCAUCUGUAGUUGGAACAAGUAGCCGUAGAUCUCAUGGACACUUUGAGAAUUCUGUACAGAAAUCUAGAAUUCUUAACAGGGUCAAUUCAUGGUUGUUAGGACAAAAGAGACCGAACAGCAUGCUCUCUGAUAAUCAUGCAGAUAUUCCUUCGGAAGAAAUUCUGAAGUCACAGAAAAGAGCUAGGCAAAAUGGAAAUUCUGGCACUGACGGGAAUUCUUCUAACUGUGUUGAACCACAUCCAGAAGGAGAGGAAUUUGUAUCAGUGUUGCACAAGCAUAAAUCAGGUUUGGAAGAAACUUUGCAUGCAGUUUUCAAGGAUAGAGAGCCACAAACUAAAAUGGAGUCAAAGUUUGGCAUUGUAAAAAAUGGGGCAUCUUGCAAAUUUGAGCACUCUUCACUUGCUGGAGAUGUAACAGUUUUGCCCGGCCAAGAUGCUAAUAAAACUAAUGCAUACAAGAAGGAUUCAUCUGAGGAACAUUCUGAAGAAGUUAUUGUGCCUCCCAGUGAUCAUGUCGUUAAGGAUAAUGGCAAGCUUAAAAUGCAAGAGAAACUCAACCAGGAUGCUGAUGAAUCAGAAGAUGAAGACGAAGAUGACAAUGAAACACCAUCAUCUGUGAAGCAAAAAUUAUGGAACUUCCUUGUCACCUGAAAACCUUAUAUGAUCAUGGUAGAGGUUAGAUAUUGUUUGCUUUUGCCAAACUAUCAUACUAACAUACAUGUGGCUGUUUGGUUUGCCAACAUGGACCUUUUUCUUUUUUCCUUUCCAAAUUUGUAAAUGCUCUGCUUUCUUGCAUGCCUAGCCUCUCUUCUACUUGCCUUGUGGAUUGUAAGUAACAUUUUAGCAUCACAAUCUAGUUGUUUUAGAUAGUAUUUGGCAAUCCUUCAUUUGUUUCAGAAUCUUUUUAAUGACUUU